AUGGAAGAGAGUAAGGGAAGCUUUAAAGGACAGAGAAAUUCAACCGGACACCUGAACAUCACAAAUAUCAGACGCGAUCAAUCUGGAGAAUAUGAAGUGAACAUCAACGGCAGAAGUUUGAUGUUACGCAGGACAUUCCGCAUUAAUGUCACUGAUGAAAUGCAGACAGAGUCUGUGAUGGAGGGAGAAUUUGUCAUUCUGCACACUAAUACUGAAAAACAGGCAGAUGAUGUGAUUAAGUGGAAGUUUGAAGACACUCUCAUAGCUCAAUUCAACAGAACCGCCAAUAACUUCUCAUAUGAUGAUCCUAAUGGGAGAUUCAGAGAAAGACUGACGCUGGAUAGGGGUGGAUCACUCACCAUUAGAAAGCUCAACACUGAAGACUCCGGUCAUUAUGGCGUAAACAUCACUAGCAGCAAACACAUCAUUCACAAGAGAUUCAAUGUCACUGUCACUGUACCCAGUCUGAGGUCACAACUGGAGACCAAUGGUUCAGGAUUAUUGGUAGUUGGAUUCUUUCUGGGGAUAAUAGUGACGGUUGUGAUAAUUGGAGUUUCAUUCAUGGUUUACAAGCGCUGCAGUAGGGGAUUGAAUAAAAACAAAAAGAAUGAGGCCAGUGAACAUUUAAACCAGCAAUCCUCCAACACCAAUAGUAUAUAGACAUUGAAAAUACUAUAGUAUAUAAUAAAUAAAGUGUUGACUUCAAACAAAUGAAAAAAAAUCAACUGUUGAGCUGUGAAACAAGAUGUGACUUCAUUUGCUCUGCUGUAAAUAGACAAACGUGCUCUUAUUUUGAAAUGUGAUAUAACGUUUGCUUUUUGCACUGUAGGCCUAUGCAGGGCUGCAAUGAUACUCAUGUUGUGAAUACCAAACAAUAUGCAGGGCUGGGAAGGUUACUUUUAAAAUGUAUUUCACUACAGAUUACAAAAUACAUGCUUUAAAAGUAAUUUGUAACAUAUUUCGUUAGAUUACACAAAUUUUGUAACUUAAUCUAAAUACUUUAGGAUACUUUGGAAUACUGAUAAGGUACGUAACACAAAGGAAUCACCAAACAGAGGACUUGGUUUUCCAUUUUAUUUUAAACAACAUUAGUUUUACACAAUAUAUCUUAAAACAAAAAAGCACACAAUCUUAGAAAAAGGAAAAGGAAAAGCUGAUGCUCAAAAAGGCAGCACAAUGUAUUAAGAGCUGGGGUGUGUAAACCUUUUUGAAUUGGAGGCUAAAUGUUCUUAUUUUGUCUUCUGGGAAACAUGUGGUUAUACAUGCUUAAUGUAUAGGAAAUGUAAAGGAAAGAACUAAAUGAAAAAAAUAUUAUCUAUAAACAAAUAAAAAAUCUUUACACAUCAUCCUGUUUAAACAUUUUCACCCCUUUCUCUGAAUGCUGCAUUGUGUUUCAUGGAAACUUGUUUCCAUCACUAAAUAAAAAAUUAAAAUUUCGUUUUUCUUCAGAAUUGCGAGAUUUAAACUCACAGUUGCAAGUUAUGAAAUCAGAAUGGCAUGAAAAACUCACAAUUGCGAGAUCUCGCAAUUUUGACAGUUGUAUAGUAAGUUUAUUUCAUGCAAUUCUGACUUUAUAACAAUUCAUUUAUAACAGUUUUUUUCUCAAGCUCGCAAUUCUGAGAAAAAAGUCAGUGUUUUUUCUCUCAUUGGACUGACAGGUGCAAUUGUGAGUGUAUAUCUCUCACAAUUCUAAGAAAAUAAAUCAGAUUUGUGAGUUAUAAACUCGCAAUUGUGAGAAAAGGUCAGAACUGUGAGAUAAAAGAACUCUGAGAUAAAAAGUCGCAAUUACCUAAACUAAUUACUUAAACAAGGGACUGCAAAACAUGAAACCAGUCAUUGAUCAUUCAGGUAACCACAGACAUUAAAGAUUCAAGGGUAUGUCAAUUUUCUUAUUUUGUUAAAAUUAUUCCAAGUUUGCAUAUUCUGCGAGUGGCAUGAAAAUGAGCAGAACUGUAGUUUGGGAUGCUUUUGCAGAAUGUCAGAGAAUCACAGAUUGCUGUUUAUAUUAAUUGCCCAUUACAGUUAAUAUAAAGUUUAAAUGAAAUAAAUGCCAUUGAAAUUCCAAGUAAUCACUUUGGUAAUCUAAAAUACAGUUACUCAAAUUUUGUCUUUUAAAUAGGUAAGUAAGUUACAUGUUACAUUUCGUUACUCCCCAGCCCUGACAAUAUGUUUACAUUAAAGUGCUUGCUUUUCAAUUCCAAACAUAUUUUUCAAGUAUAAAUCUUGUUUUAAAGCGUUAAAUCUCAGGUUUAAAUACUGGGCGCAGCGAUUAAAAAAGUGCUUAUGUUCAGAUGCUGUCAUCACAGCCUUACACCUGUAUGUUGGAGAGGACUCAUUUUAAACAUGGUCAGUAAAAUAAAAACAAAACAUGAAUUCAAGAAAUUGGUGCUUUAAUUUAAUGUAUGUGUUACACCAGUGGUUCUCAAACUGGGGGCCCCCAAGAUGGAUCUAGGGGGGUCACAGAUUUUGUGGCAUUUUAUGAAAUAUAGAAAUUUAUCAUAGAUUUUAUGCAAUCAAACAUCAGAAAAAUGACACCACCAACCAAAAUAAUUGAGGUUCCAGCAUUGUAUAACUGAAUGUUUUUGGUUUAAUUAAAAUUCUAAGUUUAAGAUUAUACGUCUUUAUAUGGGGGGCCGCAAAGCGAUGCACUUAACACAAAGGGGGCCUUACAACGAAAAAGUUUGAGAACCACUGUGUUACACAAUGUAAAUUCAAUGUAACAUUUAUAGUGGAUUAUUUGUUUUUUGAGAUUUUCCCCCAAAUGUGAAAUGUUUCAGCUCAUCUUUAAUCUGUGAACAAUCAGAGUUCGACAUCUGCAUGUAUGUGUACUUUUCUCUCUCUCUCUCUCUCUCUCUCUCUCUCUCUCUCUCUCUCUCUCUCUCUCUCUCUCUCUCUCUCUCUCUCUCUCUCUCUCUCUCUCUCUCUCUCUCUCUCUCUCU